ACUCAUCAUCAAAAGUUGAAAACAUGUUUACCUUCUUGUGCCCUACCCCAUUACUCUCCCAAGAGCCAUCAACACCUUCCACAGCAGUAGAACAAUCUCUUUCCACCGACCUUAACCUCUCUCCAUCCCCAACUCCAAGAGGACAAAUUUCCCCAUGCCUCAGAGAAUUCACCUUCACGCUGCUGCCGUGCCCCCCACGUUCAAACCCUUCUCCCAAACUACUUGAUCUCUUCCCAAACAAGAACCCAUCACCACCCUGUAACGACAAUCAUAGCGACACUAAUGAUCAUGAUGAGAAAAUCCCAAAUUUGGCCAUCAAUUUGGUAGGCCGGCGAGUGCCGGAGAGAUUCAAUAAUUCGCGGUGGGUCAGGAAGAGGCUAACAGACAGCGAUGUGAACACAUCGUCGAGGUUAUUGGUGUCAAAAGAGGAGAUUGUGAACAAGUACGUGCUCCCUUCCCUCAGCCAAGAGCAACGUGGAGAGUGUCAUAGCCUUGAAGGGCUGAAGGUGAAGAUGUGUGACGUGGACACCCGCUCAGAAUGCAAGUUGGUUUUCAAACAGUGGCGCAGUGGAAGCUAUGUGCUCACAAGCAAUUGGCGGGUAGCCUUUGUGGAGAGGAGGGGUUUGAAGGAAGGGGACAUUAUUGAACUAUUAUGGGACUCUAAGAAUCUUAGGUUUUUCUUCCGAAAAAUAAAUUUCUAAAUUUACUUACAAUUCAUUAUUUUGUGCUUUGAAACUAAUAAUGCUUUGUAGGAUUG